GGCGCCAACCACCAUCAGCAAGCAGGUAGAUACCUUGAAGACCGAGGUUCAGCAACUGCAGCUGCCUAACAAGGAUGGAACAACACAACGCAUUAUAAGAUGCCGACAUUCCAAAUUGAGAAGUUCGAUGACUACACGCAUCAAGACCCGGUCCUCUGGUGGGAAGGCUUUACGACACAACUUCGGAUUUUGUUCGUCGCCAAGCACACGUACAUCGGCGCUCUGUUUCUCAACUCAAAGGGCGGAUGCCAGAUCUGGUUAAGCCACCUGGCAUCCAUCCACGACGUCGACGUCGCAGAUCUGAAAGACAAGAUCUCAUGGGAAGAGUUAACACGGCUAUGGAAGAAGCGGUUCAUCGUGGACGAUGCACCUGCACUCGCCAUCAACCGUCUCUUCGGCAUGACACAAGGCAACACAGCAACACGUGACUGGCUCACGGAAUGGCAGAAGAUCGCGACAACGCCCAAUCUCGACUUGCCAUUUUCGCAUCUGCGCCGUGAGUUCUACAACAGGUCAUGUGCUGCAUUGAGCCUUGCACUUGGUGAUCGUGAGCAAUACGCGACCUUCGCCGAAAUCAUCGACAAGGCAAGGGAGAUCAUCAAGACCAAUAGGGCAGUUGCACACGAGAGAUCAACAUGGCAGCCAACCUAUGUGGAGAAGGUGAAAACUGGUCCGCGGCCGCAGCAGUUCGCUGCAGUCCAAUCGGACAACAUUGUGGAAGACCCGACAGCCACCCAAGCGUCACGUGAGGGAGAUCAGGUGGCUGUUGUCCAGCAGCGAAGCAACAACAAGUCCCGAGGAAACGGGAAGGCGAAAACCGCAUCGCCGGCCGAAAACGGACAGCCAACACCAUGGGUCAAGUUUCACUUGACCGAGGCCGAGUAUAAGUACCGCGGCCGAUACGGCUAUUCGGCCGCCUUGCUAGCGGCCUCCUACACAUCUGGGGAGGAUGCGAAUGUCGUGAGUUCUCGGUAUGCUUACGAGGACUAUGUUGUCCACUUGGUCCCACCGUUGGACCAACCGCUCCACGUGCAACAAUCUACCACAUGCACGGUUUCACCACCAUCGGCAACCGAUUCGGCAGUUUCGCCGCCAUCUACCGCCGGGGAUUCAACGUCAUGGUCAAGACUUGAAGAGCUCGACCUGUUGACAUUUGCGGACUUCCAAUGGAUGCCCCUUCCCCGGUCCGGUCGAUUGCCGAAACCACAUUGCAACGUGCUCAUGGCACAAUUGCGGGAUUACUUGCACACUACAAUACCAACUCCGUUGAUGGACGCCGGAGUAGAGGUUGUCGACCUUCACGCCUACAUUGCGAAGAUCGACCGCGAGUUCAAGACACAACGGUACGAUGACAUCGACACACCAUCGUUAUAUGUACGCAUUCAGAUCGGAAAGGGGACCUGCAGCGCUUUGAUCGAUUGCGGAGCAUCUCGCAACUACAUGAGCCAGGACUUUAUGGUGCGCGUCGGCCUUGGCCCACGCGUCCGGAGGAAGUCCCAACCGACGCAAGUCACGUUGGCGGAAGGUCACACGCACAAGUCAAUCGACCGGUGCAUUGAUGACGUCCCCGUGUACUGUGCCCCGCAUGCAAGCGAGGCGGUGUCCUUCGAUAUUUUGGACACCAAAUUCGACAUGAUCUUGGGCAUGUCAUGGCUGCAAAGCAAGGAUCACCCGGUGAACUUCUACCGCCGCACCGUUCACGUUCGUGAUCGGAAUGGAAUACUAGUCCCAUGCAAGGUAGCUCCUCCCCACCCUUCAAUCAGUUGUCACGUGGUGUCCGCCGCAAGCAUGCGAGCUUCCAUCAUCAGAGACAACAUCGAGGAGAUGGGGGGGUGUUUUCUCCACGCCCUCCCGCCCCAUGACGCUUCAUCGACGGACUCAUCUUCGGACCCACGCAUCACCGAGCUUCUCGACGCCUACGGCGACGUGUUCGAAGGCCCGCACGGAGUAGUAUCGGAUCGGCCCAUCCGCCACGAGAUCAUCCUCGAGGACGGGGCCGUACCUCCGCGCAGUUGCAUCUACCAAAUGAGCGAGGAAGAGUUAAGUGUGUUAUGGGCACAACUCGACGACCUUCUGGAGCAAGGCUGGAUUCAGCCUAGCUCAUCGCCAUACGGUGCUCCUGUUCUCUUCGUCCGGAAGAAGAACAAGGAUUUGCGGUUGUGCAUCGAUUAUCGCAAGCUGAACGCGCAAACGAUCAGAAACGUCGGCCCUCUUCCACGCAUCAACGACCUUCUCGAACGGUUGAGCGGCGCCAAGUUCUCUCCAAGUUGGACCUCAAGUCGGGAUAUCACCAACUCGGGAUUCGGAAGGAGGACCGCUACAAGACCGCCAGAUGCACUCUCGCGAAGACCUGAUCUUUGCGCUAUGACACAUCAUGCCUUCGCAUUCGACGAGGAACUUCAGCGACACUUCAUUCGGGGAUAUGAGUCGGAUCCGGACUUCGUCACGUUGUAUGCGCAACUAUCUUCGGAUCACCCGCCGGCCAGCCACUAUCGCAUUCCAGACGGGUACUUGCUCCUCCACUCGAGAGGCAAGGACUUAUUGUGUGUCCCACGAGACCGUCGUCUUCGGACUCGCCUUCUCGGUGAGUAUCAUGACUCACGACUCAUCGGUCAUUUCGGAGUCAACCGCACCAUUGCACGGCUUCGACAACGAUUCCGAUGGCCCGACCUCAUUACCGAUGUCACUCGGUAUUGCGACUCUUGCGAAGUUUGCCGACGAAGCAAGCCCCGCAAUCGCAACCCCUACGGCGAGUUGCGCCCGAUGCCUAUCCUACGGGAACCCGGCCUCUCCAUUGCCAUGGAUGUCACCGGACCAUUUCCCCGUGAUCGCCUCGGGCACGACGGCAUCCUCACGGUUGUGGACCAUUUGAGUAAGUAUGUGCGUUUUCUCCCUUGCAAGUACUACUCCACGGCUCCCGAGCUGGCACGCCUCUUGCACCCCGGUUGGAUUUGUGGCCACGGUGUACCGGAAGACAUAGUCAGCGACCGCGACACUUGUUUCAUGUCGGCAUUUUGGACUGCUCUCAUGCAGGAGUCCGGCACGAAGAUGAAACCAAAUUCAGCUCGGCGUCUACAGACGGACGAGCGAACAGAACGGGCACAUCAAACUGCUCAAAUGAUGCUUCGUACGCUCAUCCGUCGGGACCAGAAAGAUUGGGUUGACGGCCUCCCCGACAUCGAGUUCGCCUACAACACUUCGGUGCACUCGGCGAUCGGCGUGACUCCAUUCGAGUUGCACCACGGUGGACGGAAAGGCCGUAUCUUCGCCGACCUUCUCCUCCCACGACCAGCCGACAUCAACGCCGCUUGCUCUCCCGCUUUCGUUCGGAAGUACAGGGAAUUGCUGGCUCAAGCCCGCGCGAACAUGCAAAUGGCUCAAGUCCGCAUGCAGCAGCAGGCCAACAGGCGUCGCGUUCCAUGUCCCAUCCGCGUCGGUGAUCUGGUUUGGGUCUCUGCGAAAGAGUUUGCACUGGAACAGGACGUUUCACGCAAACUGUUUCCCAAGUGGUUUGGACCAUGGACCGUAACAGCAACCGCCGGCGAUGAGCCCGAUGGCCCUUCAUUUGUGAUCAACAUCCCUGCGCAUUUGACGGUCCAUCCAGUCUUUCAUGCCUCGAAGCUGGCAACAUAUACACCAGCUAAGAGCGACGAUUUCCCGGGCCGACGAUCGCAGGACCCUCCAUCUAUGGAUGGUCAUCAGGAGGUUGACCGUGUCAUCACGGAUCGCAAGUACGGCAACAAGCCUCGACAGUACAAAGUUACAUUCAGAGCAUGCGAUCCCGACGACACUCGGUGGAUUUCAGGAACAGAUUUGAAAGCAUCUGCACCGCUGAUCUACGCUCACUACGAGCGACAAAGGUUAGCUCAGGGACCUUCACGACCUGCCCCUCCCACCCGGACUGUGGUCCCUCCCUCAGAUAGACAGCUUCGCCCUCGCAGGUAAGCUCGGUCUUUCAAGGAGGGGGGGGUGUGGCAUACUGCGUAGCCAGACGGGCCUGCAGGGCCCGU